GAGGAAAGCAAGGGAGGAGGGGAGGGAGGGUGCAGGCAUGAUCAUUUCGGCAGGCGAUACAGAUCAAAGGGCGAAGUGUGGUCAGCAGUAGCCCUGAAACAUGCCCGGUCCAUCCUGUGCGCUCUCCCACUACUAGUGUUGGCUCGACGUCAGAUGCUGUGCGGCAGUGCAGCAGGAGGAGCUCGGGCUGGCGAGGCUGCUCACACCGCCGCUUCGCUCACUCACUCACACGCUCACUUGGUCACGCUGGAUCUCCACAAAUCUCUCACCCCUCCUCCGAUCUCUGUCUUUCAGUAGAUGGAUUUCUUCAAGCUCUGCCCUGCCUAACAUGGAUGCCCAGCCACCUUCACCACCACCACCACCACCUCCACCAUCAUCUUCCUCAGCUGAGUCGGAGGGCUGUUUCUUCUUGGCGCAGUGAGCUGGACACGCAGUGCUUUCCUUUUUCUUUUUUCUUUUUUCUUUCUUUGCUCAGAUGGAUGUGGGGAAACCGUUGCCCAGCUCGCCGGUGGUGAUCAUGCCGUGAUCUUUGUAAGCCGCCCUGCUUCACGUUAAAGAGAAAACAGAAACAAGUCUGGGGAAUUUACCGAUUCAGGGAAUUAAAAUCCUGUGCACCACACAAGCACCAUGAAGAUUACCUCCCUGCUGAUAUUUAAUGCGAGAGUCAGGUGCACCGUCAGGCUUCUACUGCUGCUAUUACACUGUGUGGGAUAUUCACAUGGGAUGCCACACGUCUUGAGAUUUGGGGGGAUAUUCGAGUCCAUUGAAAGCGGCCCAUCAGGUGCUGAGGAACUAGCCUUUAAAUUUGCUUUAAACACAAUCAACAGGAACAGAACCCUACUGCCAAACACCACGCUCACCUACGACAUCCAAAGGAUAAACAUCUAUGACAGCUUCGAAGCCUCCAGGAAAGCUUGUGACCAGCUUUCUCUGGGGGUAGCGGCCAUCUUUGGUCCCUCUCACAGUUCCUCUGCCAACGCAGUCCAGUCCAUCUGCAAUGCCCUGGGGGUGCCACACAUCCAGACCAAGUGGAAGCACCAGGUAUCGGACAACAGAGACGUUUUCUACGUUAGCCUCUAUCCAGACUUCUCCUCCCUGAGCAGGGCCAUCCUGGAUCUGGUCCACUUCUUCAAGUGGAAGACGGUCACUGUGGUUUAUGAUGACAGCACUGGUCUGAUUCGGUUGCAAGAACUUAUAAAGGCGCCUUCCCGGUACAACAUCCGGUUAAAGAUCCGGCAACUGCCCGCAGAGACCAAGGAUGCCAAGCCGCUGUUGAAAGAGAUGAAGAGAGGGAAGGAGUUUCACAUCAUCUUUGACUGUGGCCAUGAAAUGGCUGCUGGGAUCCUGAAGCAGGCUCUCGCCAUGGGGAUGAUGACAGAGUAUUAUCACUAUAUCUUCACCACACUGGAUCUGUUUGCACUGGAUGUGGAGCCUUACCGAUACAGUGGUGUGAACAUGACAGGCUUCAGGAUCCUCAAUACGGAGAACAGCCAGGUGGCCUCCAUCAUUGAGAAAUGGUCCAUGGAGCGACUUCAGGCUCCACCCAAACCUGACUCUGGUCUACUGGACGGCUUCAUGACCACGGACGCUGCGCUGAUGUAUGAUGCCGUGCACGUGGUGGCCGUGGCUGUGCAGCAGUCUCAGCAGAUCACUGUCAGCUCAUUACAGUGCAACCGACACAAGCCCUGGCGCUUCGGGAACCGCUUCAUGGCUCUCAUCAAAGAGGCCCACUGGGAUGGCCUGACCGGGAGGAUUACUUUCAACCGGACAAAUGGCUUGAGGACAGACUUCGACCUGGAUGUCAUCAGUCUGAAGGAGGAGGGACUUGAGAAGAUUGGUACCUGGGAUCCUCCAAGCGGACUGAACAUGACGGACAACCAGAAGGGGAAGACUACAAAUGUUUCUGAUUCCUUAUCCAAUCGAUCUCUCAUCGUCUCCACCAUACUGGAAGAGCCAUAUGUGAUGUUCAAGAAGUCUGACAAGCCGCUGUACGGGAACGACCGCUUUGAAGGCUAUUGCAUAGACCUGCUGAGAGAGCUGGCCAACAUCCUGGGCUUCACUUACGAGGUCCGCCUGGUGGAAGACGGGAAAUACGGCGCGCAGGACGAGAACACGGGCCAGUGGAAUGGGAUGGUCAAGGAGCUCAUGGACCAUAGAGCUGAUCUGGCAGUGGCUCCCCUCGCCAUCACAUAUGUGCGCGAGAAGGUUAUCGAUUUCUCCAAGCCCUUCAUGACGCUGGGUAUAAGUAUACUGUACCGCAAACCCAACGGGACCAACCCUGGGGUCUUCUCCUUCCUCAACCCCCUCUCGCCCGAUAUCUGGAUGUAUAUUCUGCUGGCUUACUUGGGUGUCAGUUGUGUGCUGUUUGUCAUAGCCAGGUUUAGUCCCUACGAGUGGUAUAACCCCCACCCUUGCAACCCCGACUCGGAUGUAGUGGAAAACAAUUUCACCCUGCUAAAUAGUUUCUGGUUCGGAGUUGGAGCUCUCAUGCAGCAAGGAUCUGAACUCAUGCCGAAAGCCCUCUCCACCAGAAUUGUAGGAGGAAUCUGGUGGUUUUUCACACUCAUCAUCAUCUCCUCCUACACGGCGAACUUGGCUGCUUUCCUCACUGUGGAGAGGAUGGAGUCACCCAUUGACUCCGCCGAUGACCUGGCCAAGCAGACGAAGAUAGAAUACGGGGUGGUAGAGGAUGGCUCCACCAUGACCUUCUUCAAGAAAACCAAGAUCUCCACAUAUGACAAGAUGUGGGAGUUCAUGAGCAGCCGGAGGCACUCAGUGAUGGUGAAGAACAUCGAGGAAGGCAUUCACCGUGUGCUCACCUCGGACUACGCAUUCCUCAUGGAGUCCACCACCAUCGAGUUUGUUACACAGCGUAACUGCAACCUCACCCAAAUUGGAGGCCUGAUUGAUUCUAAAGCCUACGGGGUCGGCACCCCAAUGGGCUCUCCGUACAGAGAUAAGAUCACUAUUGCCAUCCUGCAGCUUCAAGAGGAAGGGAAGCUGCACAUGAUGAAGGAGAAAUGGUGGAGAGGAAACGGCUGUCCGGAGGAGGAGAGUAAGGAGGCCAGCGCACUCGGGGUGCAGAACAUCGGAGGGAUAUUCAUCGUCCUGGCUGCCGGACUCGUCCUCUCUGUGUUUGUGGCCGUGGGAGAGUUCCUCUACAAGUCCAAACAGAAUGCACAACUUGAAAAGGCCCAAUGGCGACAACGAGAUAAGAAACAGGUCCUUCUGCAGUGCCAUGGUGGACGAGCUGCGGGUUUCCCUCAAGUGCCAGCGCCGGCUCAAACACAAGCCCCAACCUCCUGUCAUGGUGAAAACGGAGGAGGUCAUCAACAUGCACACCUUCAACGACCGCAGACUGCCAGGGAAAGAGACCAUGGCCUAAAAUGGGAAUCUGAAUCACUUUUUCACCCUCUCUCCUGCAGUGAGGAGGUGUGCAGAGACACUGGGGAAAGGGGUGGGGGUAAAUGGUAAGGGGAAUGUAAUGGGGUUAUAAUGGUUGACAGUUGGGUUAUUUCAAACAUAGAGCAGGUUAUAGGGAGUAUAUUGACAAAAUGUCAUUCUUGUUUCUUUAUAAAUAGCUAGGGAUAAGAGAUUCAACAAUAUUUCCUGUGGAAAUAACUUGAACCUGGGUGAAAUUUCAGCGAGUUACCUCAUUACUCUUACCACCUUGGCAAGGCGGCAAACUCCAGGUGCCAGGAUUUUCAAAAACCCAGGAGUCAGAGAGAGAGAGAGAGUCCAGAAAUAAAUUUAAGAUGGGACAGAGUUGGUCCCUCAAAACAUGAAAAAAUAAAAAUAUAAAUUGGACCUAUCAUCUUUAGCUGCUGCACAGUCAGUCUUUCACCGCACAGCUCAAAAGAGGCUGAUCAAGCAGCAUCAAAAGCAUCUCAGAGAUUAUGAACCAAUAUAUAUAGAUGCUAUCUGGGGGUACAGGGAGAAACGUUUGUAAAGGAGGAGUUUGUAUAAAAUGACAGAAUGGGCUCUCAACUAAAAUAAAUUCAAAGCCUUGAAGACAACGGUGAGCUUGGCUGCUCCCAAAAUGUAUAGAGAGGCAUUGCUUAGUCACAUAUGAUAUUGAUCAACAUCAAAAAUGGAUAUUGUAUAUCAUCCAUCAGGCAAUAAGUGAUAUCAUUUAUUUGUGUUUCAGAGUACUAACACUUUUAGUCUUUAAUGUAGGGGUGGGGUGGGGAUUUAGAGACAAAUUAUAUGGUGAAUUACAAGCAGAGAAUGCAGGAGUAGGGACAAUAUAAUGAACUGUUAUGUCCACGUAUCAGCCAGUACUCACUUAAAGAGGAUUCUAUGGAAGUACACACCCUUAAUGUCAAUAAGGAGGAACCUUGGAAUGAUGUGGGCACAGCUCGCUAAGUCUAAAUUCACAGCAAUCACACACCACACAAACUAUUUAUUCAAAGUAUUUAUUGUUUUAUUUAUAAAACUCCUUAUUUAUAUCUCUACAGACUGGACUUUCACUACUGCCGUAAAUACACCUCAUGUCAACUCGUUAUGGGUAAACACGGUUUAUUUCCAUGUCAAGUUUCCAGUUUCAUUUUGUACUCCUGUGGCUUUCUUUUUCUUUCUUUGGCAGCAAAGCUCCACAUUUACUUGUGCAGAUGCAAUUUCUAUGAAAAAGUGUUUUUGUACGAAGAGAAUCAAAAUUUUGUAAUGAUUUUUAUCAACACGAAACACACCAUGAGGAGUGUCAACUGUGGCAAAUGGGUGUUACUCCAGGCGGAUAGUGAGGCUUUCCUAGACAAUAGACAAAACACACACACACACACACACACACACACACACACGCACACACACACACACACCCGAGAGUGCAGGGUGCACCCAUCCUCCAUGGAGCAGAUUCACACCACUUAGUACUAUUAGUACUACUGUUCAGUGCAGAGCAUUCUGGUAAGCAUCAGUGACAUAAUGUUGUUGUUUUUGGAGAAGAAGAAAAAAGAAACUAUUUUUAUCAUGUAAAGGAAUCAUAUUUAAUGAAAGAUAUUUUUACUUCACAUGAAAGCAGAGUAAUGAUAAUACUGGUGCGAGCAAAUAUAUAGCGUGCGCGCACACAUACACACACACAGGAAGAGAUAAAGACUGCUGAUGAUGAUGCUUAUCAUUCUACACCCCCGAUUACAGAUAGACUGCUAGAAUCCAGUGCUGAGCAAUUGUGUGUAAAUGGUUUUAAAAAGGAAAAAGAUGUAUUUAAAACAAAAAAAUAAUGAACACUUAACUAAUUUUGAACUUGUUGUGAAAACAAAAUGGAGUGCACACAGUUUACCCUUUGAAGUUGAUGCACAAGUUUAAAGAAAAUUAAAAAAAGUAUUCACAACUUUCACCUCCUCUGCCUCUUUAUUGAGUGUCAGCGCAUGAACGAGAGACAGCAGCACUUAAAGUCUUCUAACUGUGGAGAGCUAUUAGAAGAGGAUGAUUAUAAAAUAUACAGCCAGACAAAAUGCCCAUGUGGGCCAUUUUAAUAAUGGGAUGGAAGCGGAGCCUUUUAUAACCCCAUUAAGCAGGGGUGUGUCCAUUAGAGGCAUGUCUUAUAGCAUCUUCAUUAAGUUCAGCCACUAUAUAAUGUGUAUAUGCAGACAUACAGUUUGGUCAAGCUCCUUUCUUUCCUUUGACGGUUCCACCUACAACCCGAGGACAACGGCUUCCACCACCCAAAAUGUUCCCAGCACGCUCAUGCCAAUAAGAUCUAAAAAUACAUGCUCACCAGCUGGACUAUUGAUUUGGCCAAGGUGGGCAACAAGGCCAUGGGGUUCCCUCAUGACUUAGUAAUCGGCUUAGUGUUUGGACCUCAUUUGGAUCACCUAAUUGGGCAGAAGCAUGUCCAAUUUGCCCGAGGCAUUCCUUACAGACAAUGCACACCCAUGGUAAACUCACACAGGUUUUUUUAAUUACUUUGGCUGAUUCGAUCUCUCAGGAUCGUGUGGGUGCAUACAGUCUGUGCUAGAUUGGCAUCUCUCUGACUUUCCAGGUAGUUUUUUUUCUUUGCGCCUAAGAGCAGUAAAUGGACAUCUUCCAUUCAUAAACAUGAUAUAGCAUAAUGUCAGUUCCAACCAUGUCUGAACUGAUCAGCCAGAGAGACUGAAAACACCUGUGUUCAGACAUUAUAGUAGAUAUUCUUGCAUCAAGUAUUGACAUGCCAAUCAAAAUGAAGUCCAUACAUAUUUGGCCUCAUCAUUAGUGAUAAAAUGAGCAAAUGUGAGUGAUCAUCCUCACGUCACAUAGGAUCCUUUUUAUUCUGGUUGUUUAUAUUAUCAUAAUAUCAAAGCGGAAAACAAAAGUAUGAUAUCUGUUUGUUGUUACUGUCACACUGUGUUUAUCAGGGCUGUGAGCGCCAUUUUAGCAGCUGAUACUAAAGCUCAUACUGCAUUCACUUGGAUUUUGGAAGAUGUUAGACAGUAGACAAACAACGGCUCCAGGUUGGCAACAAAUCACCCGACAAAAUGCAAGAUGGCUAAACUAAA